AUGCCGCGGAGGAAAGGAAAGGCAUCUGAACACAAGGAUCAGCUCUCCAGGCUGAAGGACAGAGAUCCUGAGUUCUACAAGUUUUUGGAGGAAAACGAUCGCGCGUUGCUGGAUUUUGAUGCCUCCGACAGUUCUGAUGAGGAGGAGCCACUGCACAGACCCCCUGAUACACUGGAGGAAGCAAGUGAUGAAGAUGAUGAAGAAGAGGAAGAACAAGAAAAAGUCAAAAAGAAGAGAGAUUCUUUCAUCACUGUGAGCCUGAAAAUGGUUGAAAACUGGAAAAAAGCUGCAGAGAGAAAUCUGACACCAAGGCUCUUCCAUGAAAUCACUCAAGCCUAUAAAGCAGCUGUAGCAACCACCAAAGGAGACAGUGAGGGUGAUCCCAGCAAGUUCCAAGUGACUGAUACUGCAGUGUUCAAUGCCCUUGUGUCCUUCUGUAUCCGGGACCUCUUCCACUACCUGCAGGAGCUGCUGCUUCCCAGGGCCCCAAAGAAGAAAGCAAAGCUGGUUCUCCCUUCCACCAGCCCACUCUGGGGCAAACUGCGACUGGACGUAAAAGCGUACCUUGGCUGUACCAUACAACUCCUGUCCUGUUUGACAGAAGCCUCGGUGGGUGCAGCAGUGCUCCAGCACGUCAACUCCAUCGUGCCUUAUUAUUUAUCCUUCCCAAAGCAGUGCCGUGCCCUUCUCAAGCAAACAAUUACUUUGUGGAGCACAGGUGAGGAAACAGUGAGAGUCCUGGCCUUCCUUGUGCUGAACAAGUUCUGCCGCUACAGGAAGGAGGUUUACCUGAGUCCCUUGCUCAAGCAAAUGUACAUUGCCUUUGUGAAGAACUCCAGGUUCACCUCUCCCAACGUCCUGCCCAUGAUCAACUUCAUGCAGCGCACCCUGACAGAGAUGUUUGCCCUGGACACCCACACCUCCUACCAGCACGCCUUCAUCUACAUCCGCCAGCUCGCCAUCCACCUGCGCAGCGCCAUGACCAUCAAGAAGAAGGAGAACUUCCAGUCUGUUUAUAACUGGCAGUAUAUCCACUGCCUGUAUUUCUGGUGCCGUGUUCUCAGCACAAUCUAUCCCAGUGAGGUCAUGGAGCCCUUGAUCUAUCCUUUGACACAGGUCAUCAUUGGCUGUAUAAAGCUGGUACCAACGAACCGUUUCUACCCUCUGCGCAUGCACUGCAUCCGUGCCCUUACCCUGCUGUCUGAGAACACCAGGACCUUCAUCCCAGUGUUGCCAUUUAUCCUGGAGGUCUUCCAACAAGUGGAUUUCAACAAGAAGCCAGGGCGAAUGAGUUCCAAGCCCAUAAACUUCGCCGUGAUCUUGAAGCUUUCCAAUGCCAACCUGCAGGAAAAGGCCUUCAGAGAUGGACUCAUUGACCAGCUCUAUGACCUGAUGCUUGAGUAUCUCCACAGCCAAGCCCACAGCAUUGGGUUCCCAGAGCUGGUUCUGCCCACUGUCAUUCAGCUGAAAUCCUUCCUGAAGGAGUGCAAGGUUGCCAACUACUGCAGGCCCAUCCGGCAGCUCCUGGAGAAGCUGCAGGAAAACUCUGCCUACAUCUCCAGCAAGCGCCAGAGAGCCGCCUUCGGCGUGGCCAGCAGGGAGGCUGUGGAACAAUGGGAGAAGCAGGUCAAAGAGGAGGGGACACCUCUGACCAAGUAUUACACUCAGUGGAAGAAGCUGAGAGAGAAGGAGAUACAACUGGAAAUCAGUGGCAAAGAAAGGCUUGAAGACUUGAACUUCCCAGAAAUCAAGCGCAAGAAGCCCGAUGAAAGAAAGGAGGAAGAUAAGAAGGAAUUCAAGGACCUCUUCGAGAUGGACAGUGACUCUGAUGAGGAGAACAGUGGAUUCUCUGUAAAAGGUAAAGGCAAAGCCAAGCAGGCAUCAGAUGACAGCUCAGAAGAGAGCAGCAAGGAGUAUGGUGAGGAUGAUGAUGACGAAGAAGGAAGUUAUGAAAUCGAGGAGGACGAGGAAGAACUGGGAGAGGACAGUGAGUCAGAUGAGGAAGGCAGGGAAGGUGCUCAGGAUUCCCAAGGGCCACGGAAGCAGAGGAGCUGCCCCCGAGGGAUGUCACGCUCCGACCUGGAACAGCUCGCCCAGGGCGGGGAGGACAUCGUGGAGGACCUGGCCUUCUCAGAUGAUGACUGAGCUCCCUCACAGCCUCCCCUCCACGCUGAUCCCUUACAGACUGGAUUCCCUGAGCCUCCAGCACCUGGAGCAGGGGGUAAGAGCCGGGAACACGGCAGGUGGGAGCCCCAAGUGCCACCGAGGACUUGCUCAGUGACGUGGCGGAGACGCAAUUUGGGACUCUCAAGCUUUUUCUACCAGUUAUGUUUUUGGUAACAAUAAAACUGUGGUCACGUCAA